UAUAUCCCAUUUAAGAAUCUGAACAUUUAAAAAUCUUCAUUUUAAGUUAGAUUACUAAAAAUUUGUUAGCUUUUUUAUGUUUGUAGUAAAUUUUUUAAAUUCUUGUAGUUAUUUUUCACAAUUUUUGCAGUUUAAAUUCUCAAUUCUUGUACUUCAAUGGACAGCCGAGGAGGAAACAGGAAAUCGGUUUCAUUCCGUGAAACAAUCGACAGCCAAGUGAUUUCACAAGAGGCGUCAGAAGUUAUGACUAAUUUUUCAGCAACAGACGACCAUACUCAAGAUUGCUUGCCAGAAAAAGAGAAGACCGAUACUUCAAAAGUGGAGCCUCAGACCUAUCGAAGACAUGAAGAUUAUAUGUCAAUACUGGACAUGAAAUUGCACGGCAAAAUAGAAUCAAAUCUAUCACUUAAAGAAGAUGUCAAUAAACACGAAACAUUACUGGUGAAAUUUUUGAUCGUUGUUUUCUUUGUGCUGGGUAUCCUGAUAUUUACCUACUCAAUUGCUAUAACAGAACAGCUCCAAUUCCUCUUCAUGAGCAGCGGCGAUAAGACCAGCGUUACAAGGAGCAACCACCCUUCGAUGGGAUCUUUCACUAUGAAUCCAAGAUCCAUCAUAGAUGUUUGUCUAGUUCAAGAAGGUAAACUCUUCCUCAAACUGCGUUAUCCGUUCUACGGGCAGAAUUAUUGUUUCUCGUAUGUAAAUAAUUCUGAGAAAAUGGGUCACUUUCUACUUGAAAGUCCUCAAAUGAUUGUACCCCUACCCCAUGACGAUACAAGUGGGAACAGUUGGCAAAUUCUUUUAACACGACUCUCAACCACACGAAAAUUCGCUCAGCCACAAUUCGAACUUUUGCAGGUCAAUGCUUCAAUUUGCAAGUAUGGCAGCAGCAAAAAUGCGUGGAGAGAACUGAUGGCACAAAACUUGAACUGUUGGAAACAGCUGUAAAACUUUUAACUAAAAAAACGGACCGGAAGCUCAACAUAUUUAAAAAAAAACUGGAACUUAGAAAAUCAGGGCGCUGUUUCUCCAAGACUUCAAGUCACGCGCUAUUAUUUCAAAUUAUU